AGAAGCUGCGCGUGGCAUCCAUCGCCAUGGUAACGCACCGCUCUCUGAAUGGCAGGCACAGCUUCAGCAGCCUGUAGCUCGCUAUGGACGGCUCCUGAAGGGUCUGCAGCUUGUAGCCUUGUUAUGAUAUGGCUGGUUAGCUAAAGGAUCAUAUCAGAGCAACCCAUCACAGCCACAGACACGUCCCCAUCACUACCACUAUGGCUGUGUCAGUUGAAGAGGUGUCUUCGUCUGUUGUGCGGGAAUAUCUCAGUCGAAAGGGACUGAAGAGGACGAUCGCCUGUAUGGAUGAGGAGCAUCCACGCACAGAAGCCAGUAUCAACAACAGAUCACACCUGAGGCAGAUUCUCAACAUAGAGGCUCUCUAUAGAAAUAAUAAAGCUCACAACUCCCCCCUGAAAACAUUACUGGAGAUUAUUGUAAAGCAUCACAUUGAGGGCCUUAAGAAUGACAAGAUCACCAACAGUGAGAGAUUUCCCCUGCAGUCUGCCGCAGUAACACCAACAGUGAUGAAUGACACAAAGACAGAGGAGAGCCCAACCGCUUUUGUUAUGAGCAAACACCUCAAAUUAAGGUCUGAUGUAGGAGAAAUAUGUCCUCCUCAACCUAUAUAUACGUCAUUAUUGCCUGAGACAGACGGACAAAAUCAAGCAGGUUUCUGGGUUUAUGACUCAGAUGACCAAAAAGGCCGGCCACUGACGGCUUCCAUCCAGCACAAUGAGAGCGUCAUCAGAAGAGAACCAGAGAAAAAGACUUCCAUCACUGAGGGCACCCAAAGGAGCAGAAGUAAUCGAAUCAGACGUGGCAUGAUGGCUCGACCAAUAGCGAGCACACCUCAGGAAGCAAACAAAAAAAGGCAGAAUCGAAGGCUAGAAGUGUCCCAGCCGCUGCUCAGAAAAGAAGAAGCAAACAGGCAGGGGGAUGGACUGUUUGUGACUGGCGCACCCCAAAAAAGUUCAGAAAGCGGCCUAACUGAAAUCAGCUCAGCUGACUGCAUAGGGGGUCAACGGGAGUGGUGGAGUGCACCAGAGAGGAUGCAGAGGGAAAACAGCUUUGAAAAAGACAUACUCAAGUCUACAAAAGUAAAGUCGCUGACAAGGCCAAAUGUGGCUGAUUUUGAUGUGUCUGAGAUGGUUUUAGAUGACAUUGAUGAUGACGACGAUCUGCGAGAGCUCUCCAAGGUGUCCUUUCAGAGAACCGUCGCAGAGCACAGCUGCGCCGGCCGCCCGAUGGACCAACGCACUGCCACGGAAUUGAAAGCUGUUCUUCUCGGUUCUGGCCUAAAUUGUUUCAGUGUUGAGUGGAGGAAUCAGGGUUUCACAUUCUCAGAAACACAUGACCUGAGAUAUGGAAUCGUGCAGAAAAAGGGUGGUCCCUGUGGAGUUCUGGCAUCCGUCCAAGCCUUCGUUCUAAAGAAACUGCUGUUUGAAAACGUUGAAAGCAGUAACACAGGCCUUCAGAGGUUAAGACCUUCCAACACCACCAGAAGAAAGUGUCUUGUUUCAGCGGCGGCUGAAAUGCUGUGGAGGGCCGGCGAGGAAAAACGAGCCACAAUUGCAAUAAAUUCAGGGAGAAAUCAUUUCACCUCAACGGGACACUACAGAUCUGAAGGAGUGCUUGAAAAGAUAACAUGUUUCACCGUGGAUAACGUCAAGGACCUGCAGUUGCUUCUGGAGCGGCAUAUUGAUCAGUUUGAGACGGGGGCGUUGGGAUGCAUACUGCUCACCUUAUCUGCUGUUCUCUCUCGGUCCAUUGAAAAAGUAAGAGAAGAUAUGGACGUCCCCACCACCACACUCAUCGGAGCCCAUGGCUACUGCACUCAGGAGCUAGUCAACCUGUUGCUCAGCGGCAGAGCAGUUUCUAAUGUCUUUGACAAUGACAUGGAGUUGGACUCGGGCAAUGGCAACAUGACUCUGCUGAAGGGAGUCAAAGGCCACUGUGACAUCGGCCUGCUGUCCUUGUUUGAACACUAUAACAUCUGUAAGGUAGGAGCUUACCUGAAGACUCCCCGUUACCCCAUUUGGGUGGUCUGCAGUGAAAGCCACUUCAGCGUGCUGUUUGGCCUGCAGAGGGAGCUGUUGACCAAUCAGGACAAAGGCCUGGAGUUUGACCUCUACUAUUACGACGGACUGGCCAAUCAACAGGAGGAGAUCCGCCUCACUGUCUCUGUUGGAAAAUCGUCCCUGAGCUGCCUAGAUGUCGACACUGAUCUCAUUCCUCCACUGGAGCAUUGUAUCCGAACAAGGUGGAACGAUGCAUUUGUCAGUUGGAAUGACACAGAGCCUAUUCUCUGACUGAUUACAUGGUUUGAUUGUUAUUUAAAUUAUGGACCAUUAACUGACAAUAAACAGUUUGCUAUCACCAAUACAGAUACUUUUACAGACGUUUUAUGAAGUUUUCUUCAUAUAUUAUGUUUCAUAUUUACCCAGAUAUUUUAGCAUUAUCAUUGUUUUCUCUUCAUAGUGAGACACAGUGUUCUGCCACUUGUUUACAUGACAUAAUGUCCUGGAUGUUAUAUAUCACACAAUGUAUGUGCAGCUGGGAGUGUAUAUAGGAUAUAGAAUAUCAUAUCAGCCAUGAAGCUUCAUGUUGUUGCGUAAAAAACUAUAUUUGAGAUAAUGCAAUUACUUUUUAAAAAUGUUUAGCAAUAAGUAUAAGGUCACUUUUUCUUAAAUACACAAGUUUGGAGGGAAACUGCUUUGUUGCUGGUGAAAUGUAAAUUGCUGCAAGAUGAAGUAUUGACCACAGCGGCCUUUCACUCUUUACCUGUACUUUUGACAUAAAGAUAUAACAGAUUGUUGUCCAUAUUUUACACUAAAUUAACAUGAUUUCCCUGCCUAUUAGAAAUAAAAUUAAUGUGAUAUUUUAAUCAAGAAUAUUGUGGAGAAAUUACUUAAUUUCACAUCAUGUCUUAACGGAUUUUUUGUUACUUAAUGUAUAAUGCCUUUUAUUCUGUGCACACUUUAAAUGAGAUAAUCUGUUAGGUUGUACUGUAUUUGUUUUGAUUGCUUCAAUUAUAAUUCUGAUGUGUUGCCAGGAGAUUCGAUUAAAUAAAUAAAUACAGACUG